UCAUACAUACGCCCGAGUAAGCCAGUUGUUUCUGAUCCCCCGAUCCAACAUGAUCCAACAUGAAGACUUAAAACAACCUGCCCGUAUCAGACCAAAGCAAGAACCAUCCUGGCCAGGAGACAGGAAUCAAAGGUGGGCAAGUCUUAACAGAGAAAAGCUCUCAGAAGACUCUUCAGCCCGGUUGAAGGGUCCUACACGAUCCGCUGCUGCCCGUUGGACCUUUGCCCGUCGACCUUUUGCCCCUCGACCUGACGUUGUUGGACCAAGGGCGUAAAUGAGUGCAGGAACUACAACGGUCUAUGGUCCAGACUCAUCAGCCAAGACAAAACAUCCCAGUAGCCAGAUUACAGUUCACAAACAAGCAAAACCAAGAAGUGCAUCACAACUAUACAAACAGGAAACUUUACAUAACUGCACAAAAUGAAGCUGUCGGUGUUGUUUCUGCUGGUCCUGCCGGCUGUGUCUGCUGCUACUCUUCAGGGUAGCUCACAGCACAAAAAUGUCUCCAUACUGGAACUGGCGCCAAGGGACAGGACGCCUUACAUCACCUCCAACACAACGAUGGUAACUCAUCGAUUUCGUCUGUCUUCUUGUGUGUCGAGACGAACGAGACAGGAUAAAGCUUCCACCUUGUUUGAUGGUAGCCAAAACCUGAAAUGGGUGACAUGGAAUGGCUCUCUACCCGACGGAGCUAUUUCGCUUCAAAACAACUAUGCAAAACGCAUCGACUACAUCUGCAAGUACAAGUGUGAUGCUGGUUUCUACAACCCCAGCAAGGGUAGUUACUGCAACUUCCCCUACGGCGACAAAGAGUAUGGUGCCUCCCAGUUUGAGAUCUUGGUGAACAGAGACCACUUUGAGUUACUGGAGUGGAAGGAUGGCUCCCAUGGGUCAGUGCCCAGACAUGCAGUCAAAACUUGUUCCCAUGAGAACAUAUAUGUUGGAAAGAAUAAGUACGGUCUUGGGAAGGUACAUACUAAGCACAAGGCUUUCUUCCUUCCCUGGAAAGGUUCUGAGUAUUAUUACAAGUCCUACAUGGUCCUGACCUUUGGAAAAGAUGUAAUCAGCGAGGAGAUCUCUGACAUCAAAUACGACACUAGUACGAGAGUGUUUAAGUAUCAUCGCCCGGACUCCAUGUUCACCACUAAAGUCAUCAACAACCAGUGCAGACCAGUUGUGAAAACACCCACUCUCACAGGGAGAUCUCAGAGAGUGAGCAGGUGGGACAUCAGCGGUUCCUUCAGGUUGGGAAUCAAAACAACCUUCAAAGGAGGAAUCCCAGAGAUCAUUUCUGGAGGAAUUGAGGUCAGCGGUGACCUGUCAUUCACAUUCUCAGGAGGACAAACUACGAUAGAGGAGGUCUCCCACUCUAUUCCUUUGCAGGUCAUAGUCCCACCAAAUCAUUCCUGCAAUGUCCGAAUGGAGAUGCAGAAGUACAAGGCCGAUAUCUGUUUCACUGCACGCCUGAGUCGCCGAUACAGAAACGGGAAGACCUCAUCGACGUACAUCCUCGGGACCUAUCACGGCGUCGACAAUCGUGAUGCUACAGCUUUGGCGGAGCGCUGUCAACCCGUUCCUGAUGCCAAGGCUUGUCCCGUCAGGAGUUCAUAAGGCGGUUCAGUGUUGAGCUUUUCUAAAAUGACAAACCAUCAGGACCCAAUUCACAUUCUGGACCAUUUUAACUCUUAUUUCCACAUCACCAUAUACAUCUUGAACAGGUAAACCAGCCAUUAUGAAAAGAUAUAACUUUGAAAAAUCACAACUUUUUUUCAUGCAUGUGUUGUUAAAUACCUAAUUAAUGACACCCAACUAUAAAAUGCUUUUCCUGCAAAAAAUGCUGACAACUGACGAUGCUGCGAGCCCUCCGCAGGCAGCACUCGAUGGAUGGACUCGAUGUCAGGGAGUGAAGUACCGUACAUGUGGGUCCUGACCCAGAGAAAUACAGUAUAUACAGUAUAAUUUACCAUAUUUAACACAAAGUAUUUAAAUAAAGUGUGCCUAAACAAUGCCUUACACAUACAUACCCAGUACAUGUCUGGCAUAAAUGAAAGCAGUUUUUUGCCCCGAGGGAAAUUCCUGCGUGCUUUCGAACGUAUAUCACAUUAUGUAUCAUGUGUAUCAUCAUGUUUUCUUCAUGUCUAAUGGUUAAGUUGUUGUGAAACUGUAUACAACUAAAACUCAGUGUAAAGAGAUUAGCCUGAAAGAAUAUGAAAACUUCUUUUGUGUGUACAUUUUUACAGUCACAGACAUUUUUGAUUGGUUGUCAGAGAAAAUGUUGAGUUAAAACCAUGAUGUACUAUAACCAUUAAAGUUCAUUAAAGUUUA